GCCAAGCCGGGGAGUGGCUGCCGGACUGACCGGACCGCGAGGCCGCUGGGCGGCGGUCGGCUCCUGCUGCCCCUGUGCCGAGACCCCGCGCACCUGGCCAGAUCCCCACCCACAACAUGGCUCGCCGCUCCCAGAGUUCCUCGCAGGGGGACAAUCCGCUGGCACCUGGGUACCUGCCACCACACUACAAAGAAUACUACCGCCUGGCAGUUGAUGCACUGAUGGAGGGUGGCCCAGAGGCCUAUAGCCGUUUCCUGGCAUCUGAGGGGGCUCCCGACUUCCUGUGCCCUGAGGAACUAGAACAUGUGAGCCGCCAUGUACAGCCCCCACAGUGUGUUGCCCGUGAGCCCCCUGAAGGCAGCCCUCCUGAUGUGGACAUGGAUGGCUCCUCUGGCACCUACUGGCCACUGAACUCAGACCAGGCUGUGCCUGAGCUUGAUCUGGGCUGGCCCCUGACCUUCGGCUUCCAGGGGACUGAGGUCACCACACUUGUGCAGCCACCACCACCUGACAGUCCCAGCAUCAAGGAUGAGGCCCGCAGGAUGAUCCGCUCUGCCCAGCAGGUGGUGGCUGUGGUAAUGGAUAUGUUUACUGACGUGGACCUGCUCAGUGAAGUGCUGGAGGCUGCUGCACGCCGUGUCCCAGUCUACAUCCUGCUAGAUGAGAUGAAUGCACAGCACUUUCUGGACAUGGCUGACAAGUGCCGUGUCAACCUACACCAUGUGGAUUUCCUGCGUGUCCGAACUGUGGCGGGCCCGACCUACUACUGUCGCACCGGGAAAUCUUUCAAAGGCCACGUGAAGGAGAAGUUUCUGCUGGUCGACUGUGCCGUGGUGAUGAGUGGGAGCUACAGCUUCAUGUGGUCCUUCGAGAAGAUCCACCGCAGCCUGGCGCACGUGUUCCAGGGAGAGCUGGUCUCCAGUUUCGAUGAGGAGUUCCGCAUUCUCUUUGCACAGUCUGAGCCAUUGGUGCCCUCAGCAGAGGCACUGGCCCGCAUGGACGCCUACGCCCUGGCUCCUUAUUCAGGCGCUGGGCCGCUGGCUCCGUACUCAGGAGCUGGGCCCCUGAUGGGUGUUCCUGGUGUUGGGGCACCAACUCCCUUUUCAUUCCCUAAGCGGGCGCACCUCCUAUUCCAACCACCCCGGGACGAAGGCCUGGGUUUCCCCUCCUUCCUGGACCCUGACCGCCACUUUCUGUCUGCCUUCCGCCGGGAGGAGAUGCCUCGGGGGCCAGGCGGUAUCCUGGAGCCACACACUGGACUGCGGCCAUUGUCCCGGAGGUUGGACCCCGAGGCCGGCCCCAGCGGAGAGCUUGCGGGCACGCGGGGCUUCUUCCAGUCGCGGCACCUAGAGAUGGAUGCCUUCAAGCGGCACAGCUACGCAGCAGCCGAUGGCACAGCUGCCGUGGAGAACUUUGCAGCCGCGCGCCAGGUUUCCCGUCAGACAUUCCUCAGCCAUGGUGAUGAUUUUCGCUUCCACACCAGUCACUUCCACCGCGACCAGCUCUACCAGCAGCACUACCAGUGGGACCCGCAGCUCAAUCCCUCACGGCCACAAGGCCUAUUUGAGAAGAUCCGCGCCGGCCGCCAAGGUUUCGCUGACCACGAUGACUUCACAUUGGGUGCAGGACCGCGGUUCCCAGAGCUCGGCCCUGACGGGCACCAGCGGCUGGAAUAUGUGCCAUCCAGCGCAUCUCGUGAGGUGCGCCAUGGCUCAGACCCUGCCUUCGGGCCAGGCCAGCGGGGCCUCGAACCUGGCGGUGCUCUGCGUCCAAACCUGAGCCAGCGGUUCCCCUGCCAGGCAGUGGUGAGGCAGGGCCCGGACCCCGCCAUGGAGACAGAGCCCGAGAGGAAGGGGGGAGCCGAGGGGCGCGCAGGGUUGCGGCACUGGCGCCUUGCCUCCUACCUGAGCGGCUGCCAUGGCGAAGACACAGGUGAGGAGGGCCUCCCCAUGCCUAUGGAAGCUGAGGUCUAUGAGGACGACGUGCUGGCUCCUACGGGCCGAGCAGCCGCGGGAGAGCUGCUCCCCUCAUCCUUCCGGGCCCCUACUGCCUUCCUCGCCAAGGGCCCUGUGUCGGGCUCCGGAAGCGGAGAUGGUGCAGAGCGCGAGGGGGUGGAGGAGGCUGGCCUGGCCAAGCAGGACUCCUUCCGCUCUCGCCUGAAUCCCCUCAUCCAGCGCAGCUCAAGGCUCCGGUCCUCGCUCAUUUUUGCAUCUCAGGCACAGGCAGAGGGCACGGGCGGGGUUGCUGGGGCCACCACUGAGAAGGUGCAGCUGCUGCACAAGGAGCAGACUGUCAGUGAGACACUAGGUCCCGGUGGAGAGGCUGUGCGCUCCACCGCCUCGGCCAAAGUAGCUGAACUACUAGAGAAAUAUAAGGGGCCAGCGCGUGACACUGGGGGCGCUGUCACUGUCUCCAGCCACAGCAAAGCUGUGGUGUCCCAGACCUUGCGGGAAGAGGUGGCUGCACCAGGCACAGGGGGGUCCGAGCGCCGCAGCCUGGAGAGCUGCCUGCUCGACCUGCGCGACUCUUUCGCUCAGCAGCUGCACCAGGAGGCAGAGCGGCAGCCUGGAGUCGCCUCGCUCACAGCCGCACAGCUCCUCGACACACUGGGUCGGAGUGGCACAGACCGCCUGCCCUCUCGCUUCCUUUCUGCACAGGGCCGCUCCACCUCCCCGCAAGGGCGAGACAGCCCCCCACCAGACGGGCCUGGAGCCCACCAGGUGCUUCAUUCUGAGCCAAGAGGGAGCCCAACUUUAACCUACCCAGAGCGAAAGGGGAGCCCUACGCCUGGGUUUCCCAAUCGAAGAGGCAGCCCAACUACAGGAUUUGCUGAACAGAAGGGGAACCCCACAUCCUAUCCAGAGCACAGGGGCAACCCUGUGCCACCAGUUCCAGAACGCAGGAGCAGCCCAGGGCCCCCUGUACCUGAGCGCAGGGGCAGUCUUACCCUGGCCCUACCAGCAGAGUCUUCAAAGACCACGCCCACAGAGGAGGUGGCCGGCGGCCCUAUGGAGGUGCUGCGCAAGGGCUCCCUGCGCCUGAGACAGCUGCUGAGCCCCAAGAGUGAACGGCGAGGGGAGGGUGAGGGCAGUUUCCCAGCACUACAGGAGAAUGGGCAGCCUGAGAGUCCCCAGCGACCAUCUCUGGGACGAAGUGACAGCACAGAGGCUGCAGGAGAUGAGCGUGGGCCCAGGGGGCGUGUAGCCUCAGCCACAGCCAAUGCCUUGUACAGUAGUAACCUGCGGGAUGACACCAAGGCCAUUCUGGAGCAGAUCAGUGCCCAUGGCCAGAAGCACCGUGGGGUUCCUGCCCCAGGCCCAGACCCAACCCACAGCAGCAGUGAGCAGGGACACCCUCCUGCUGCUGGAGGCCUGGCCCCAGAUAUGUCUGACAAGGACAAGUGCUCAGCCAUCUUCCGCUCAGACAAUCUGGGGACACAAGGCCGGCUGAGCCGCACACUGCCUGCCAGCGCAGAGGAGCGUGACCGACUGCUGCGCCGCAUGGAGAGCAUGCGCAAGGAGAAGCGUGUCUACAGUCGCUUUGAGGUCUUCUGCAAAAAGGAUGAGGCCAGCAGCCCAGGGGCAGGGGACAAUUUGGUGGAGGAGGACACCCGGGACAGCAAGGUGGGGAAGUUCAUGCCCAAGAUCCUAGGCACAUUCAAAGGCAAGAAGUGAGUGUCCUGGCCCUGCAGACUAGGGUGCUACACUGUACGCUGCCAACCUGCACCUGGAGCACCCAGCGGGCAGGGAGCUCCAUGUCCCUGUGUCUGAGUGACAGGUGCCAGACCAUCAUGCCAAAGCAGUCUGGGGGUCUGAUCUUUGGCCUCUCCUCCCUAGGGGCACAGCCCCUGUCCCCUACAGUUCCCUUCCUUCCUGGGGACCCUUCUCAGCAUUCCCUCCACCUCUCUUUGGCCUAAGACCCCCUUCAGACCUUUAUUCAUCUCAGGGAUCCUUCUGUGUGCCUUAGUCCUCUGUCUUUCAGGGGGUCGCCAUCACUUGUGGUUCAGUUUGGUGAUCUCACUCCAUGCCCUUUGUCUCCUCAGGGUUUCUCUUCUCAGGGUAUCUAUCGCCUGAAAGUCUCCUGGAUCCAUCCGGUGGCUCCUCUCUACUGACAGCCCCAUUUCCCAUCACACUUCCCCUCUUCCUACUCCCCUCUUCUCUCACCUCUGUCUCCUCGAGGACUUGCUUUCUUCCCUGCUUGGACCCCAUCUCCUUGUGGCAUCCUGGCACCUGCCUUGCUGUGGGGAAGGCAGGACUGGCUGCAGGCACUUGUGAGGGAGGGGUGGGGGUCAGACCCCAAAGGAUGUUGUUGGAGUGACAGGAAAACUGGACAGGGCAGACUUCUUGGAAGGAGGGACACAGGGGAUCCCAGAGAGGAGCUGCCUGCCACCCAACAGCAGCUGCCUCCACCAAGCCUGCCCCCUCCUACACACAGCCCUGGAUGACAGGAGGGAACACUGGGUUUUCAGGCACAGGAG